UUGUCGCUGGUGACAUCAGUGGAGCGAGUGGUAGUACAUCGACACUACUCAAUAUGCCUGUAAGUUUAACAGUCGAUUAUAUGAGUAAUGUGUAUGUUGCCGAUACAGGAAAUUCUCGAGUACAACUUUUCUUGGCUGGUCAGUUGAAUGGCACAACAGUUGCUGGUGUCACUGGUGUUUCUGGUACGACUUCAAGCCUACUCGGUAUUCCUUAUGGGGUGGCACUUGACAGUCAACUUAAUUUAUAUGUAGCAGACACAACUAAUUAUCGAGUACAAAUGUUCUUACGCCAUUGA